CCUUUCUCCGCGGGGUUUUUCCCCCGUAUGUGCGCAUCAACGUUACAAGAAACCGUGAGAGGGACGAGGCCUUGCUGAUAAGGACAAACCCUGCUGGACCUCGUUCUCCUCCUCCCGAGCUCGUCUCUCGCGGUCCGGUAUGUCUUUGAGCCUGCUCCCCCUCUCGCCAUGCCCGCUGCUGAACGCUACCUGCCGCCGCUGCUGCCGCUGCUCUUUCUGCAGUCGCUGCUUUUGAUUUCGUGCCUGGAUGGGCCGGUGAGAGCAGCGGAGGAGGGCGGCGGCCUGCCCUCCUCCUCGCCCGGGGACAAUGGCCUCACCUUUGCGGUCGGAGACCCGUCUGCCACCGACCCGACCGCCCCAGGGCGACUCCUCAGCCCCUCCGCAGCAGAGUCCCUGUUCGCCUUGAAGGUCUUGGUAAGGGACAUGGUGACCCGUCAGCCGCUGCCGGGUGCUUCAGUGGAGGUUUACGUAAACCACACACUGAGGAGCUCUGCCCAAACAGGGGAGAGAGGUGACGUUCUGCUCUGGGUAGCGUACAGUCCAGUCCUCAGUCUGACUCUGCUGGGCACCAUGGAAGGCUACGUCCCCAGCCCGCUGCCCUGGAGCACCACCAAGAGACCGAUUUUCUCUGCUGUGACGUUGCUGCUGCUCCCUCACAGUCAGGGGAACAUCUGGCUGUUUGAAGACUCGGUACUCAUCACCGGGAAGUUACCUGACAGCUCCUCCCAACCCAAGGUUAAGUUCCCCAAGAACCUCCUCCCGUUGUCUGACAAGAGUAACAUCUCCUCAUUGACAGCGUACCUGACUGUACCACAGCACCACCUAGCUAAAGACUGUGCCAACUGCACUCCAGGCAUCAUCAGCAGCAAAUCAGUGUUCAGAAGCAUCGAGCUGAAGGCGGUGGCAGCCAUCAAUGUCCUGCUGUACUCCGGUGGUGAGGAGCUCCAGGUUCGAGGGCCCAUUCAGAUCAGCCUGCCCCUGGGACACCACACGCGCCUCAGGGCUGCUGAUACUGUGCCUGCCUGGGCCUUUAAUCUGAAGACUGGUGCCUGGGAGAAUCAGGGUCUGGGAAUAGUGAGAACAGUUGGUGAUGAGCUGGUUUGGACCUACACCGCUUCCCAUCUGGGCCACUGGAUCGCUGCCCCUCUUCCCUCACCAAACGAUUACCUGGGACAUGGAAGCUCUUUGGAUUUCCUAUCAUACCACAGCUACCUGUUGAUGGGAAUACUGGGAGGAAUGCUGGUUUUAGUGAUUGGACUCCUUUCCUUGCUGCUGUGUCAGUGCGGAAGUUCUCAUCGAGAGCCCAGGAGGAGGAGAGCACGCUUUUCCAAACUCACAGUGGUGAAGAAAGACCAGACCACCUCCACCCACAUGGAAGAGGGUUUACUGUUCCGUUCUGGUGACAACAGCCUCGCUUCCUGCAGUGUCCAGUGUGAACCCUCGUCCACGCCGAGGCACAAGGCCAACUACAACAUCUAUGUGGAGGAUCCAGGGAGUCGCCCGGCUGCUGCUUUUUAUGAGAACAUCGCCGCGGAUCGGAUCAAAGGCCCACAGCCGUCAUCUCACUACAUCAACAGUGAAGAGGUGGCUCGGCUUCGGGACAAGUCGGAGCAGAACCGGGCCAACAUGAACUCUGACAACUUCUUUCAAGACAAGCUGGUUCAUAUCUACAACCAGCCGCUGGCUAUUAUUCAGGCGCCGGAGCUUUUUAGUGCUCAGGAGCAGCAACUGUCAGGCUGCAAGUCGGCUACUUUCCCCCGCAAUGCAGUUGAGUAUGAUGCUCACUCAGAGCCUGCAAAUAAAGACAGCUACACCCAGACACUACCCAAAGUCCCUCACCACCACUCCCAAGGUGGGAGCAGCCCGCAGCAGAGCAACCAAGAUGAGCCCCAGCCUCUGGAGACUCCUCCCCAAGGCCAAGGCCCUAACGCAGGCGUGUGGGGACGCUACAGUAACCUCCUCGAAUCCUCCGUCUCUGUGCCUGGGACUCUUAAUGAGGCAGCUGGUAUGGAGGCCUUCAGCAGUGGGCAUGGCGUACCCAGCGAGCUGCAGGGGAUUUCAGAGCGCACCUUGCUGGAGCUGACCCGGGGCAAGCCCUUGUCUUCUCACCCCAGGGCCUGGUUUGUGUCCUUAGACGGGAAGCCGGCCGCCCAGGUUCGCCACUCUAUUAUUGAGCUUCAGGGCCGCCACCGCCCGCCGAGCAGCAACGACACAAGCCUGGACUCUGGGGUGGACAUGAACGAGCCUCUGCAGAACAUCCGUGAGACAGAGCGUGACAGGCCUUCGAUCAGGGCAUCUUCCCUGUCGCACCACAGCCGAGGGGGGCGUUACAGUGAAGAGCAGGACCUGAGCAGCAGUGAGAGUGGCACGACAGCCACCUGUACACCGGAGGACCCUACCCUGAGGAACAUUUUAGACGGGAGCAGCGGGGCUAUUCCCAACAUUCCUGAAGAGCGAGACGGGAUGGAUACAUCCAGCGCUCAGGAGGACAGCGAAUCGAGAGGUACGCCGCCUCCACGUCGCCUGAGGAAGGUGAGGGAGAAGGGGAAGACGGAAAAGAGGAGUGCCAAGCAUGUCCGUGAGGGGAGACCUCUGACCAAGCGAAGUUAGAGCAUGGCAAACAUCGAGACAAGCAUUUUUUCCAUCAGUGCUUAAUUUAAAUGUCCACCGUUUACCGUUUCACCGAUUUUGAGCUAUUUUCAUCACAUGAUGUCACAUCAGUGCUGAGUAAUCCAAAUUAGUUUUUACCACUUGUGCUCACACAGGCAUUGUUGUUGUUGAUUUAUGUAAUUGUACAACUUUGCCAAAGAAUGCAUAAGCUAGCUCAAGAAGUAAAACAGGAUCUAUGUCAUGUUCAAGCAUUAUGUAGCUGCUGUUAAGACGAGUUUGUGCACCAUUGUUCAUCAAUUUCUCGAAUCUGAAGAUCACCAGCGAGAUUCUUCACAGCAAAAUGUCCGUGUGAACACGAUGUCCCAUUGUCCCCAGUACUGGCAUUAUAGAGGGUGCCUUCUUACUGCCUGUAGUCAUUAAAUGUGAUUACAAAAGGCACGGUAUUUGUCUAUAUUUAGUAAAAUCUGGUGAGUUUGCAGGACGGACACAGAUACAGGUCUAUGUGUAGUGCACUUAUCCUCACCAUAAAUGCCUGCUGUAAAUUAAAUAAGAUAUAGAAGCUUUCCCGGUUUUCAGUGCUGACAUCUUGUUUCAAUCACAUUGCCUCAUUUUGCUUAAAAAGAAACUCUGGGGUUCAUGAAAAGACUUAAAAGUUUUUAACUCACGACAUGAAAUACUCAAUUAUAUCAGAGUAAAAUGCAGAUGAACAUUUUAAAACUAAAGCUGCCAUUUUGAAGUUGUCACACCUCAUAUUCAAGGAUUUAAGCCUACGGUUACUUUAGAAUGCAUGAAAAUGAAUGUUUUCUCGUGUGUAUGAAAAUAUUUUGUGUUUUAAUGUAGAGCUAACAUUACGUCAUCGUAGCUGUCAGAUUACCUGUGGACUGAAUGAUUCAUUUCAUUGUCUAGUCCUGAAAGGAGUAUUGUGCUGCCAACUGUAACUACUGUAAGGAACUAUUGUAACAAUAGUACCCAAAGACUUCUACACUAUGAUUACCCGUAAAUACAUUUCAAACCACAUCCAAUGUCUGAAGCAACUGAUGGUACAACCAGCUACUGUUAACACACUGAGAAAGAAGUAAUUUCUGAUUGUUUGGAAGGGUGCUGUUAAAAUUAUUAAAACUGCACAGCUGAUGUCACAAUUUGAUAUAUUAAUUCAUAUUAGCAAUUCACAGUGUUAAGUAAAGGAGGCCAACGCCCUCUGUUUAGUCUCUCAAAAGAUGUGCAUAUUUCGUUUUUUAAUAACAUUUAGUAUUAUCCCUUGUAAUUAUUUCCAUACAUGCAUUCGGUGCCUUGGAGUUUUGCAUUCACAACAUGUGGUUCCAAACCUCUUAAUACGUUUGACAAAAAUAUAUUUACUUCCUGAUCAACAUGACCUUUUUUAAAUUUAGAGAUAUGACUGAAGAAAGAAAGAUGUUUUUAAACUGAUCAGUUGAAAGUGUGAAGAUAAUGGUGAUGAACAUAUGGUCCCCAGAGUGGUCGUGGCUCUAGGGAUGGCACUAUCAGUCCGCAGUUGGUCGUUCACGCCACUACACUGGUCCAGACUGAAAUAUCUCAAC